UGGCCGGGCGGCCGGGCGACGGGUGGCGGGGAGCCGCCCCCGCCCGCGCCCCUCGGCCCUCACCAUCCCCUGCGCGCCCAGCCGGGCGGUGCGGCCUGAACUAGCGGCGAUGGCUAGCGCGCCCCUGCCUGGGCCCCCCGCGCCAGCGGGCGGGGACGGCCCGAACCUCAACAACAACAACAACAACAACAACCACAGCGUGCGCAAGUGCGGCUACCUGCGCAAGCAGAAGCACGGCCACAAGCGCUUCUUCGUGCUGCGCGGCCCCGGCACGGGCGGCGACGAGGCAGCCGCGGCCGGGGGAUCGCCACCGCAGCCGCCGCGGCUGGAGUACUACGAGAGCGAGAAGAAGUGGAGGAGCAAGGCGGGCGCGCCGAAGCGAGUGAUCGCUCUCGACUGCUGCCUGAACAUCAACAAGCGCGCGGACGCCAAGCACAAGUACCUGAUCGCCCUCUACACCAAGGACGAGUACUUCGCCGUGGCGGCGGAAAACGAGCAGGAGCAGGAGGGCUGGUACCGCGCACUCACCGACUUGGUCAGCGAGGGUCGCUCUGGCGAUGGGGGCUCGGGCAUCGCGGCCACCGGCGGGUCCUGCAGCGCCUCUCUCCCAGGCGUCCUGGGCGGCUCGGCGGGCGCCGCUGGCUCCGAUGACUACGGGCUCAUAACGCCCGCCACGGCAGUCUACCGCGAGGUGUGGCAGGUGAACCUGAAGCCCAAGGGUCUGGGCCAGAGCAAAAACCUGACGGGUGUAUACCGCCUAUGCCUGUCUGCGCGCACCAUCGGCUUCGUGAAGCUCAAUUGCGAGCAGCCGUCGGUGACGCUGCAGCUUAUGAACAUCCGCCGCUGCGGCCACUCGGACAGCUUCUUCUUCAUCGAGGUGGGCCGCUCGGCGGUCACCGGCCCCGGCGAGCUGUGGAUGCAAGCCGACGACUCGGUGGUGGCGCAGAACAUCCAUGAGACCAUCCUGGAGGCCAUGAAGGCGCUCAAGGAGCUCUUUGAGUUCCGGCCUCGCAGCAAGAGCCAGUCGUCCGGGUCGUCGGCCACGCACCCCAUCAGCGUGCCGGGCGCGCGCCGCCACCACCACCUGGUCAACCUGCCCCCUAGCCAGACCGGCCUGGUGCGCCGCUCGCGCACCGACAGCCUGGCGGCCACCCCGCCAGCAGCCAAGUGCACCUCGUGUCGGGUCCGUACGGCCAGUGAGGGCGACGGCGGAGGCGCGGCAGCCGGGGCCGGGACGGCGGGAGGUAGACCGAUGUCGGUGGCCGGCAGCCCCCUGAGUCCCGGGCCGGUGCGCGCGCCCCUGAGCCGUUCGCACACCCUGAGCGCCGGCUGCGGAGGCCGGCCAAGCAAAGUCACGCUGGCGCCGGCAGGGGGCGCCCUGCAACACAGCCGCUCCAUGUCCAUGCCCGUGGCGCACUCGCCGCCUGCAGCCACCAGCCCCGGCAGCCUGUCCUCCAGCAGUGGGCACGGCUCGGGCUCCUACCCGCUCCCUCCCGGCCCCCACCCGCAUCUGCCUCAUCCGCUGCACCACCCCCAAGGCCAGCGUCCGUCCAGCGGCAGUGCCUCCGCGUCCGGCUCCCCCAGUGACCCGGGUUUCAUGUCCCUUGACGAGUAUGGCUCCAGCCCUGGCGACCUGAGAGCCUUCAGUAGCCACAGGAGCAACACGCCCGAAUCAAUCGCGGAGACCCCGCCAGCUAGGGAUGGCAGUGGGGGCGAGUUCUAUGGGUACAUGAGCAUGGAUAGACCCCUGAGCCACUGUGGCCGCCCCUACCGUAGGGUCUCUGGGGAUGGGGCCCAGGACCUGGACAGAGGGCUGAGGAAGAGGACUUACUCCCUGACCACGCCUGCCCGGCAGAGGCCAGUACCCCAGCCUUCCUCUGCCUCCCUGGAUGAGUAUACUCUCAUGCGGGCCACCUUCUCUGGGAGUUCAGGUCGCCUCUGCCCAUCUUUCCCGGCAUCCUCUCCCAAACUGACCUACCACCCUUAUCCAGAGGACUAUGGGGACAUUGAGAUUGGCUCUCACAAGAGUUCCAGCAGUAACCUGGGGGCAGAUGAUGGCUACAUGCCCAUGACCCCUGGGGCGGCCCUCAGGAGUGGUGGCCCCAGUAGCCGAAAGACUGAUGAUUACAUGCCCAUGAGCCCCACCAGUGUAUCUGCCCCCAAGCAGAUCCUGCAGCCCAGGUCGGCGGCAGCAGCCUUGCCGCCCCCGGGAGCAGCAGUGCCAGCGCCCCCUUCAGGGCCAGGGAGGACCUUCCCAGUGAACGGGGGCAACAACUACAAAGCCAACUCCCCAGCGGAGAGCUCCCCAGAAGAUAGCGGCUACAUGCGAAUGUGGUGUGGCUCCAAGCUGUCCAUGGAGAACGCAGACCCAAAGCUGCUCCCCAACGGGGACUACCUCAAUAUGUCCCCCAGCGAGGCUGGCGCUGCGGGCACGCCACCUGACUUCUUCUCAGCGGCUUUGCGCGGAGGCGGCGAGGGCCUCAAAGGUGUCCCUGGCCACUGCUACAGCUCUUUGCCCCGCUCUUACAAGGCCCCCUAUUCUUGCAGUGGGGACAGUGACCAGUAUGUGCUCAUGAGCUCCCCUGUCGGGCGAAUCUUGGAAGAGGAGAGGCUGGAACCCCAGGCCACCCCAGGGACCUCCCAGUUGGCUGGCACCUUUGGGGCAGUGGGGGGUGGCCAUACCCAGCCUCAUCACUCAGCAGUGCCUUCCCCCAUGAGGCCGAGUGGUAGCGGUGGCCGCCCUGAGGGCUUCCUGGGACAGCGCUGUCGGGCAGUAAGACCCACACGCUUAUCGCUGGAGGGACUGCAGACCCUUCCUAGCAUGCAAGAGUACCCUCUACCCACAGAGCCCAAGAGCCCCGGCGAGUACAUUAACAUUGACUUCGGGGAGGCGGGUACCCGUCUGUCCCCGCCUGCCCCCCCACUACUGGCAUCGGCGGCGUCAUCCUCUUCGCUGCUUUCAGCCAGCAGUCCUGCUUCGUCCCUGGGUUCGGGUACCCCGGGCACCAGCAGUGAUAGCCGGCAGCGCUCCCCGCUCUCUGACUAUAUGAACUUGGACUUCAGUUCUCCCAAGUCCCCUAAGCCUGGUACCCAUAGUGGGGAUACAGUGGGCUCCAUGGAUGGCCUUCUCUCCCCCGAGGUCUCAUCCCCAUACCCACCGCUGCCCCCACGUCCUUCGGCCUCCCCUUCUUCCCUGCAGCAGCCUCUGCCACCUGCCCCAGGAGAGCUCUACCGCCUGCCUCCAGCACCCGCUGCCACUUCCCAGGGCCCCACUACUGCUGGCCCCUCAACGUCCUCGGAGCCUGGGGAUAAUGGUGACUAUACCGAGAUGGCCUUUGGUGUGGCUGCUACCCCGCCACAACCUAUUGCGGCACCCCCAAAGCCCGAAGGUGCCCGAGUGGCAAGUCCCACAUCGGGCUUGAAGCGCCUAAGUCUCAUGGAUCAGGUGUCUGGGGUAGAGGCCUUUCUUCAAGUCAGCCAGCCCCCUGAUCCCCACCGGGGUGCCAAGGUCAUCCGUGCAGACCCACAGGGGGGGCGACGUCGCCACAGUUCAGAGACCUUCUCCUCUACCACCACCGUCACCCCGGUGUCCCCGUCCUUCGCCCACAACUCCAAGCGCCACAAUUCGGCCUCUGUGGAAAACGUCUCUCUCAGGAAAAGCAGUGAAGGCAGUGGCAUCCUGGGAGGAAGUGAUGAGCCACCCACAUCCCCAGGACAGGCACAGCCCUCGCCGGCUGUGCCACCGGCGCAGCAGGCUAGGCCGUGGAACCCAGGUCAGCCCGGAGCUUUGAUUGGCUGUCCCGGAGGCAGCAGUUCUCCCAUGCGCAGAGAGACCUCCGUGGGUUUCCAGAACGGCCUCAACUAUAUCGCCAUUGAUGUGAGUGAUGAGCAGGGGUCCUUGUCGCCGUCUCAGCCGCAGCAUCCACAGCCAGGAGACAAGAGCUCCUGGGGCCGGACCCGUAGCCUUGGGGGGCUCCUCAGCUCCGUCGGAAGCUCUGGCGCCAGCGGGGUGUGUGGGGGCCCAGGCCCUGGAGCCUUGCCUUCUGCCAGCACCUACGCAAGCAUCGACUUCUUGUCCCAUCACUUGAAGGAAGCCACAGUCGUGAAAGAGUGAAAUGCUGCCGGCUCCAUCACCAUCACACGGAACUCCGAAUCCAUUUGAAGGAGAUGCUUAGCAUGUUUCCAACCAACGCUGCUCACUUUCCUUUCAACGGGAGCAACUCUACAUUUUGAGACUUCUGUGAAUUGUAUUAGAUAAGGAACCAAGAGGCAAGGCCCCCUCUCUCGCCUGUUCCCACACGGGGCACUCGUUGCCACCACACUGUUUGUGUUGCGUUUUGUUUUGUUUGUGAACAAAUGAGUUGAUGGAGUACACUCCAGGAGAUUGGACGUUCCCAUUGGCCUUCGUUGAUCCUGGCCAUCCUUGUCAGUUCUCUGUUACUUUCAUUUUGGCAAAGUGGAUUAAUCCCUCAGCAUGCAAGGAGAUGCUACAAUACCCAUGAAAGUGGUCAAAUCUGGUAUUUACUGGCUUAUGGUCAAAACUACCACAGUCCUACCUCAGUUCAAGGUGAAGCCGAAUUGUUUGGCAGGGUUCAGGGCAGCUCUGCCCCAGUGUGUCACAUGCUGACCUCCGUCUCUCUGAUAAGUGGGUGUGGAUUCCAGUCCAGGUACCUGCAAAUGUUUACUUAUGCACAGAGCCCGGUGUGGGACUGACAAUUCAUUCUCCAUGGGAUUGGACUCGAAGACGGAUUAAUCCUAGUAAUUCCUGAAUGUGACUGGAGCAGCCUCCUUUUGGAAAUCGUCAGCCGUCUUUGGGGGUAGGGGUAGGGAAGGGUAGAUCUCUGUACCUUUAACGGGUUUCUUGACUCUUCUCUGUAGAUGUUCAUGCAAGUACUUCAGAUGGUAAAAGCCUUUUCUCCUGCCCACAAGCCUCCUGUCUGAACCUUAGCUCGAGUUCCUUGAACCAAAAACUCAGUGUAGGCAUGCUCAAAGCUCAAGGCUGGUUUGGGUUUGGCAAAUUUUGUUGUUUUUUUUUUUUUUUAAAGAUAUUAUCUCUGACAUAGUGUUGCUUUGUUGGCCAACAAGCCUGCCCUGAACAGGAGGGGAGGCAUUCCAGCCGUUGUCCUGUUAAUGGCAGAAGAGGAAAACCCGCCUCUCUCCCUACACGCCUGUCAACAGUUCUUGACAGAGACUACCCUGGUUCUGUUUUCAGUGUUCUGAAGAUGUCAGUGUUGUGGAAUUGUUUCGUGUGUCACCUAGAAGGGCUGAGCUUGCCAGCAGAAUAUCUGUCACCUUGCUGCUCCAUCACAGGGCUGGAGACCCUGCCUCCCCCGCCCCCCCCCCCCCCCACCCUCCCACCCCCCAGUGCCUGUCUCCUUCAUAGUCCUGUAGAGGCUACACUAAUGCUUGGAAAUGUGAGUUGCUGGUUUAAUUUUUUAUUGUCAUUUUGUUUUUGUUUGGGAGAAUAUAUAUAUAUAUAUAUAUAUAUAUAAGUAUAUAGAUAUAUAUCACUAUAGAAUAAUACAUUGGUAGGAAGAGGCUUUUUAGAGGAUGACCAAAAAAUUCCAUGUCUUAAAAAUAUAUUUAACAGCAGUGCAGCUGUCUUCCCGCUUCUGUGCUGAGCUUGUAGAAGAGGGCUGGAUUGCAAGACAAAGUUGAAUGUAAAUUGGCCCGCACCCCUCGCGAAUUCCCAAGGUUUACCUUCCUGUAGUUACACAUCACAGCAGUGCACGGGGCACACAGCACUCGAGUGAAGGUCCAUUUGGGUGUGUGCUGUACUUUAUCGAGAUGCUCAAGAGUCCCCAGAAACGUUUAACGCGUGUUGGGUCUAGGAACCUGCAUCGUGUUUGCUUCGUAACUCAACCCCCAGGGACAGGAGGGCCAUCAGCCGACAAUGACGACAGCACACUUAAGCAGAUGUGACGCGCCCUCUGUGUUCCGGCGCGGUCACCAAAGGACACAGAUGGCACACGUCCCUGCUGUGGCCAGAAUGAGCUAAACGAGAGUACACUAAAUUCCCCUCAUCCUGUACAUUUCAAGAAGAGCAGGCAUAUGCAAUAUUUACAUCCUCAAUUUAGUUUACAGAAUGGAACCAAAAUGUGUGAGUGUUACGCUGGCCACACUUCGUGCUGUGUAUUGGGUCUUUGUACAUUUUGCCUGACUUAAUCUUAAAUUUAAACUAUUUUUUGCUAUAUAAACUUUUAACAGUUAUUAAACAGUGUUUUCUUUGGGUACAUGUUGUUUCAGGAUUACCAAGAUGUUAAAUAUAUUUCUCGCUAUUGUGUUUCAACAAGAGACCUGCCCGCCCUGUCGUCUUCCGCUGUACAUGCUGUAUAUAGGGGUCACGUGAUGCCGCUGAAGACGAGGAUAAACUGGAGUAGAUUAGUGUGCUGUAUUUAGUCUGUAUUGACCAUGGAUGCCCUCCUUAAUAGCCAUAUGCAAUAAAAUAAAAUACAUUAUUUAUGAAAUGAA